GUCUUCCUGAGUGCAUUAAAGCAGAAGACAAGAUUUUUAUCUUAUAAUGAAGCCGUUAUCUGAAGGACAACAAAGGUUUUGUGUUGUUCAGCCAAUCCAUCUCACAUCAUGGCUGCUCAUCUUUUUCAUUCUGAAGUCUAUCUCUUCUCUAAAACCUGCCCGACUUCCAGUUUACCAAAGGAAGCCUUUUAUAGCUGCUUGGAAUGCUCCAACAGAUCAGUGUUUGAUAAAAUAUAAUGUAAGACUAAAUUUGAAAAUGUUUCAGGUAAUUGGAAGUCCACUGGCCAGGGCCAGGGGGCAAAAUGUCACUAUAUUUUAUGUCAACAGGCUGGGAUACUAUCCUUGGUAUACAGCCCAGGGAGUUCCCAUUAAUGGGGGUCUCCCCCAGAACAUAAGUUUGCAGGUACAUCUGGAAAAAGCAGACCAAGACAUUAAUUAUUACAUCCCUUCUGAAGAUUUCAGUGGACUUGCUGUUAUAGACUGGGAAUAUUGGCGACCCCAGUGGGCCAGGAACUGGAACACAAAAGAUGUCUACAGACAGAAGUCAAGAAAGCUUAUUUCUGAGCUGCAAGAGAAUGUGUCCAUGGCUGAUAUUGAAUAUUUAGCCAAAACAACUUUCGAGGAAAGUGCAAAAGCUUUCAUGAAGGAAACCAUCGAAUUGGGAAUUAAGAGCAGACCCAAGGGCCUUUGGGGUUACUAUUUAUAUCCUGACUGCCACAAUUAUAAUGUUUAUGCCCCAAACUAUACUGGGUCUUGCCCAGAAGAAGAAGUUUUGAGGAACAACGAGCUCUCUUGGCUCUGGAACAGCAGUGCUGCUUUAUAUCCUUCUAUCAGCGUCAGGAAAUCCCUGGGAGACAGUGAAAACACUUUGCGUUUCUCACAAUUUCGGGUGCGUGAGUCCAUGAGGAUCUCCACCGUGACAUCCCAUGGUUAUGCUCUGCCUGUGUUUGUCUACACAAGGCUAGGCUACAGAGACCAACCUCUGUUUUUUCUUUCUAAGCAAGAUCUUAUCAGUACUAUUGGAGAAAGUGCUGCCUUGGGUGCUGCCGGCUUUGUUAUCUGGGGAGACAUGAAUUUAACUUCAUCUGAGGGCAACUGUACAAAGGUGAAGCAGUUUGUAAGUUCUGACCUAGGACACUACGUAGUGAAUGUGACCAGAGCCGCUGAGGUGUGCAGCCUUCACCUCUGCAGGAAUAACGGGAGAUGCCUAAGGAAGGUGUGGAAAGCUCCAGAUUACCUUCACUUGAACCCUGCAAGUUACCGCAUAGAGGCCUCCGAGGAUGGGGAAUUUACUGUGAAAGGAAGAGCAUCUGAUAGAGACCUGGAAGUGCUGGUGGAGAGAUUCUCCUGUCAUUGUUAUCAGGGAUAUGAAGGGACUGAUUGCAGAGAAAUGAAGAGGGCUGAUGGCUGCUCUGGGGUUUCCUCUUUUUCUGGUUCACUAAUGACCCUAUGCCUGCUGGUUUCAGCAGGUUAUCAGAGCAUUCAGUUGUGAGAUAGAGUUUAAAGAAAAUGGCAUGGCCUCUAGCGUUGUCACUUAGGGAAGAUAUGAAACAUUACCAUCCACUGAGAGGUAUUAUAAGCAGACGUGUGUCACUCAAUGUAAACAAAUUGCUUUAUUUGUCUCCGAUCUGGGCAAGAAACCAGAUCCAGGAGGUAAAUCAAUGCACUCUUCUUCCUUAUUGGAAUGUUUUAAGUUGUAUUUUACCUAGAGCUAACUUAUUUUAGUCUUCUUAUGCACAUACAUACAUAAAAUUAUACAUAUAGAGAUUAAGUUAUUGAUUUCAAAGACUGAUUUUUCCAGUGAGCAAUUUCUUAAGGACAGAUUACUAAGCAAUUAUCUGAUUUAACAAAUGGGGUCACCUCAGGGUGUGACCUGGUCGCUUGGUCCACCAAAGAGAACCAAAUGCAGAAUUCCUGUUGCAGCCUCAGGUUCAAACUUCUUUUUCAGGCUUCUUCUGCCUGCCUAGGCUCAAUGAAUGCAGAGCCAAUUCCUGACGUGACUUCUCACAAGGGCACAAGGGGAACUGAAGUCAACUCGUGUCAAAGGUAGCUGUUCCCAUGUGGUGUCUUGCUUACCCAGCCGGAGACCCUCCCUUACAGACUCUGGUGAUCUAAAUUCAACAAAAGGCUUCUGGACAGUUUUCAUGCUUGCCUAGGCUGACAUUGCUCUAGAUCUAGAAACUGGAGCCAGGUUGAUAAAAAUGUGGUUGUUGCAAGCAAAAUCAUUACUAAAAAAAUUGUAACAAAUGACACUUAAGGACCCAGAAGUAGUUUUGGAAGGGGUCCUACUAAGAAAUAGUCAAUAUUUUGGUCCUUAUAUAUAGGUUUUGAGUGGUGAUUUUAGAGUCAGUUGAAUCAUUUUUUCACUAUCCAUCUGGCUAUGUGACUCUGGGCAAGUUUAUAGUCCCCAUUUUCUCAUCCAAAAUUUGGCAAAUAUAAUUCCUAACUGAGUGAAAUAUUCUGAAGGAUAAAUUGAAUAACACUCCCCAUGUAUACUUCAGCUAUUAAUACCUGCUGCUAAUCUUCAACGAUUUUCCUUUGUUCACCAAAGUAAUGGAAAUACUUGGGAUAAAACAGUCUCUGGCAAUUUCCUUUUUCUGAUGUUAUGUUCCAUGUGUAAUCACUUAGGCAUGUGUUCCCUUGAAAGACAUAUUUCAAUUGAUAGGAUUUCCUUCUCCUGGAGAUGAUCUACCUGAAAGGUAAACUCAAGACAGGUAUGAUGCUAUUAUACAACGCAUGAGAGUUGAUGCAGCUUCCUCCUCUGCCUCUUUUGUCUUUCUGUGAAACAUUUGCAAUGUCCUUUUCAGCUCUGGGUCCUUUAGGCCUAAUAGUCUAAUUUUUAAAUGUAAUAUGCAAACAAAAUAAAACAAAAAGCUUUUAUAGUACCAUAAAUAAGAGGUAGCAUUAUGUAGAUUAACUUUUAAGA